CCUCGAAGAAGUCGGCACAACUUCAUCAGGAUAUCUUGUGAAACCUGCAGGCUAUCUCAAAUUCUAUUCAUUCAUCUACUAUUGAUAUAAUUCAUUCAUCCAUCGAUCGAAUCAUCAACACAACAACACCCUGAGGACAGCGUCGUCCAACCGCCAACAUGGCGAGUUACAAUAAUAACCGGAAUUCCACCUUCUCAACCCUCUCGGGUCCGACGUCUUCCUCCCAGCAGGUAUCGACGACCACCCUCCUCAAUGCUCUGCAUACGUCGUAUCAAUCCGGCCAGCCGCUGGUCUUGGAAUCCAGCACCAGCUUGGUGGUAAACACAUGGUUGACCGCGUCGAAUACCGGCCCCGAUGGACGGUAUGGCGGCACAGUCGACGUUGAACUUGGUAGAAAAGCAUGGGAACACGCCCGCCGGCGAGCAGAGGAUGCAUGUGUGAUUCUUGGCUCCCUUCACGAAUCCAUCCCGUCCCUCUUCGCCCCCUUCGUCUCCGCCCUCCCCAUCUCCGUUCCCUCCGCCGUCUACACCGCCCUCCAAGUCCUCCGCCCCUUCACCCACUGCGUCACCCCAACCAAUCCCUCCCUCCCUCGCCACUCCUCCCUCUCCGCCACCUUCGCCCUCUCCCUCGACGGCGACCUCGCCUCCGCCCGGCUCGCCCUCUCCACCUCCGGCAUCGACACCCAGCUCGGCCUCCUCAACGUCCCUGACGCCCCCGGCCACCGCGCCUUCGACGUCUUCUACUACCUCAACUCCUCCUCCGCCUCCCAGGCCGAGCGCGACGCCCUUGACCUCCGCGCUCCCUCCGCCUACUCCCUCCUCAACCGCUCUGGCACCUACCAUCCCCCCACCUACCUCCCCACCGCCGACGACGCCGCCGCCGCCGAAGACUUCCGUGCGAACCUCAAAUCCCUCGGCAUCCGCGGCCCCGCGCUCCGGAACCUGAUCAGCACGCUCGCCGGCCUCCUGAAGCUCGGGGACACCCUCGGGUAUCUGGUCGACGAGGAUGUGCUGGUGCGGGUGUGCGACGACGCUGCAGACCUCCUGGAUGUCGAUGCGGAGGUGUUGCGGCGGAAAUGCGACACCGUCGACCGCGAGGCGCUGAUUGCGGGAGUGUACGAAGCGUUGGUGGACUGGGUGGUGGCGCGGGCGAACGAGGCGAUCAAGGCGGAGUUGGCGGGGAUUGAGGGGCACGGAGCGGACGUCGAUCUCGGCGAUUCAGUGUCCAUCACGGUGGUGGAGAUUCCCGGUCAGAUGUUGGGGAAGGCGGCGGCGUUGAAGACGGUGUUCGAUGAUAGCGAUGGGAUUAAUCUGGAGAUGAAGGAGGAUGGCGUGUUGGUGGAGUCGGCAGGAUCAUCGGUGCUAAGGGAGGUGAACAAUGCCGUCGCGGAGUGCGGGUAUGAGCUUGGUAUGCGAUCCGACUCCGCCGCCCACCGCGACCGGGACAUCGCCACCGAUCGUCGCGAGGCCGUCCUCGAAAAAGUCGCCCACUCCAUCGACGACGACAGCUUCCUCAAGUCCCUCCUCCUCCCCACCCCGAACGCCGGCAUCCUCCUCGGCACCCCCCAAUCUGGCCGUUUCGACCUCUCCGCCCUCAUCUCCUCCUCCCGUGUCUGGUUCCACCUCUGCCUUUACCCCACCGACGAUCUCCCCGCCUCCCUCACCACUUCCCUCACCCCCUGGUCUGCCGGCGCCGUCUCCCGCCAACUCCGCACCUGGCGCCUCCCCGAAUGGGCCACCCGCCGCAACCGCGCCCUCGACUACACCGCCGACUUCGACGUCGACGAGUUCGUUGCCCGCUACGCCCGCCUCGGAUGCCUCGAGGGCAAAGACGGCGUCGAGUCCUGGAUCAUGGAGCGCGGCUGGAGCAAUGGCGAGGUCUACCUCGGCCACGAGCGCGUGUGGAUCCGUGAGUCCGCGUGGUGGGAGGCGGAAAGCAUGCUCGAUCUCAAACUCAACGAGCCGCCACCGCCGCCGCCCGCUCAGGAGCUGUUCCCCGCGCCGAGCCCUGGCAUGGGGGGAAACGGCUACUUUGGGAACCAGUUCGCGGAUAACGCCACAUUGCGCGGGAGUCGUGAGGAUCUGAUGCGCCGGCAAAGUAGCGCGACGGGGCUGGCGAAGAGCAUCGCGCCGACGACGCAGCAGAGCGCGAUCGGUGACUAUGGGCUGGGGUCGAAGGGCGACGAGCAUAAGGGCGUCACGUUCGGUAAUGAUCUGGAUGCGGAGCUCGGGCAGAAUCGCGUUGUGGAAGCGCGCCCGAUCACGGCGGGCAGAAGGUUUUGGGUGGGUCUGGUGUGGGCUCUGACGUUUUGGAUCCCCUCGCCGGCGCUGCGGUACAUCGGGCGGAUGAAGCGCCCGGACGUACGCCUGGCGUGGCGGGAGAAGGUGGUGCUAAUGUUCAUCAUCUUCCUGCUAAACGGCAUCGUGGUGUUCUACAUCAUCCAGUUCGGGAAACUACUCUGUCCGAACUGGAACAAGGCGUGGGAUAAGAAAGAGGUCGGUUAUCAUCAAGGCGACGACGAUUUCUGGGUCUCGCAUGCCGGAAAGGUGUAUGAUCUGUCCAAGUUUUGGAGGAUUCAGCACUCCGACACGGCGAUCGAGACGACGAAGGAUAACAUGCAACCGUUCGGCGGGGUGAAUAUGGAUUCGUACAUCCGCCCACCGCUGACCAUCGCCUGUCCGAAUUUGGUGACCGACACCAUGGUCAAGCUGGACACCAACGAGACGCUGACUGAUCCGUCCGCCGCCCACACGUCCGGCCCAACCUACCAGACGGACCCGACAACGGCACUGCACGACAUCAACUGGUACACGCAGUCGUUCCUGCCGCGGAUGAAGGAGUUUUACAAGGGAGAUCUGGUCAUUGAUAAGAACUUCGUGAAGGAUGAUGGGAAAAAUAAUAACCAUCAAUGGGUCAUCAUCGACAACAGCAUCUACGAUCUCACCGACUACUUCUACACGCAGAAGCGUUUCCAGGGGCGUGACCCGCGCUACAAUUUCUUGGACCCCGCCGUCGAGGACUUGGUGAAGAAUAACCCCGGCGAGGACAUCACCGACCGCUGGAUCGACAAGCUCAACCGCACCACCAAAGGCGCCCACAAGCAAUGCUUCGACAACUACUUCUACGCCGGCAAAACCGACUUCCGCAAGACCCCUAAAUGCGAAGUGCAAAACUACAUCCUCCUCGCCUUCACUGUCGUCCUUGCCUCCGUCAUCCUCACGAAAUUCCUGGCCGCCCUCCAACUCGGCUCCAAGCGCCGCCCGGAACAGCAAGACAAAUUCGUCAUCUGCCAAGUCCCCGCCUACACCGAAGGCGAAGACCAGCUCCGCAAGUCCCUCGACAGUCUCACCGCCCUCGCCUACGACAACAAACGCAAGCUCAUCACCGUUAUCUGCGACGGCAUGAUCGUCGGCGGCGGCAACGACCGCCCCACCCCCAAAAUCGUCCUCGACAUCCUCGGCGUCGACCCCAAAACCGACCCGCCCGCCCUCCCCUUCAAGUCCGUCGGCAACGGCUCCGAGCAGCUCAACUACGGGAAGGUCUAUUCCGGCCUCUACGAGUACGAGGGCAACGUCGUCCCGUACCUCGUCGUCGUCAAGGUCGGGAAGGAGUCCGAACAGCGGAAAACGAAGCCGGGGAACCGCGGGAAGCGGGAUUCGCAGGUCCUCCUCAUGUCAUUCCUCAAUCGCGUGCAUCAUCGCGCGCCCAUGUCGCCGCUCGAGCUCGAGAUGUAUCACCAGAUCAACAACAUCAUCGGCGUCGACCCGGAGCUCUACGAGUAUCUGCUGAUGGUCGACGCGGACACGAUGGUGAAGGAGGAUAGUUUGAAUCGGCUGGUGGCGAGUUGCGCGAACGAUGCGAAGAUCGCGGGGAUUUGUGGGGAAACGAGCUUGGAGAACGAGGAAAGGAGUUGGUGGACGAUGAUUCAGGUGUAUGAGUAUUAUAUCAGUCAUCAUUUGGCGAAGGCGUUUGAGAGUUUGUUUGGGAGCGUGACGUGUUUGCCGGGCUGCUUCUGCAUGUACCGCAUUCGCACUGCCGACAAAGGAAAGCCUCUCGUUAUAUCCGACAACUUGAUCCGCGAGUACGCCGACUGCGAGGUCGAUACCCUGCAUAAGAAGAAUCUGCUCGCGCUUGGAGAGGAUCGGUACCUCACGACCCUUAUGACCAAGUACUUCCCGCACAUGUCCUACCGGUUCGUUCCGGACGCCUACGCGCAGACCGCCGCCCCCGAAACCUGGUCGGUCCUGCUCUCGCAACGACGUCGCUGGAUCAACUCGACUAUCCAUAACCUGGCGGAGCUGAUGUUCCUGAAGGACCUGUGCGGGUUCUGUUGCUUCAGCAUGCGAUUCGUGGUCAUCCUCGAUCUGUUCGGGACGAUCAUCCUGCCGGCGACGUGCGCGUAUCUGGCGUAUCUGAUCUACGUGGUCGCCACCGGCAGCGGGCCGUUCCCGCUGAUCUCGAUCAUCUUGCUGGCCGCGGUGUACGGUCUCCAGGCGAUCAUCUUCAUCAUCAAACGCCAAUGGCAACAUAUCGGCUGGAUGAUCAUCUACCUCCUCGCCUUCCCGAUCUACUCGUUCGUUCUCCCCGUCUACUCCUUCUGGAAGCAAGACGACUUCAGUUGGGGCAACACCCGUAUCGUAGUCGCCGAAAAGGGCACCAAGCAAGUCGUCUCCCUUGAAGACGAGCACUUCGACCCCCGCUCCAUUCCCCUCCAGCGCUGGGACGACUACGCCGACCAAAACGGCCUCCCCGGCCGCCGCGGCAUCCCCACCGCCCCCGGGACCCCCUCCCCCUUCGAAAAAUUCGGCACCUCCAUCUACGAAGCCCCUGCCAAUCACCACACCUCAUUCAUCCAGCCCGCCAUCCCCAUGAACCCCAUGCACCACGACGACCUCCACUCUGUCUACUCCUCCGUCCCCCCCGCCUCCACCAUCCUCACGUCCUUCCCGCCCGGCGCCCACGUCGCCCCCGCUACCGCUAGCCCCGUCAACCCCUUCGCCUCCACCGCCAACCGUCAAUCUACCUACUCCUUCGUCGGCAACCAAGACGUCCGCCAGAGCACUGGAAACCUCUCUGACCACUUCACCCACAUGCAGAACGCCCGCGCCUCUGGCAGCCAAGCGGACCUGCUCGGCCCCUCGCGCCGCUCCACCCCCGGUCUCGGCGGCAUGGGCGCGAUGGGAAUGGGCGGCGGUGCGGGCGCAGGUGGCAGCCCGUACGGCGGGGUGAGCCGACCAGUGUCGACGGUGAACUUUCAGAACAUGGCGAACGGGCCGACGAACGAGCAGAUCGCGGAGGCGGUGCGGGAGUGUUUGCGGGAGGUGGAUCUGGAUACGGUGACGAAGAAGCAGUUGAAGGCGUUGGCGGAGCAGCGGUUGCAGACAGCGUUGGUGGGGGAGAAGAAGGUGUAUUUGGAUGGGGUGAUUGAUUAUGAGUUGGCGAAUAUGUAGGGCGAUCAAGAGAGCGUUGGAUUCCUUUGGUUUCGGUAAAAUUUGUUUGAUAAUAGUCAUUCCUUUUGUGGUGGAUGCGAUAUUUGCG